ACUUCGCCCAAUUUCCACCAAAUAUGUUGUGUCAAACAUAUUCCAUUUUGAUAUUUUAAUUCCUUCCGGUCAUCAAUCUAGAUAUAUUCUCAACUCAGUGAUAACGACAAUGAGUUCAUGAUCUUAUCAACCCUUCACCGAUGGGUGAUGCGCCGCUGGUGUGAUAAGUGCGAGGUGAUGGGGGAGGGAAAAUUCUGUUUAUCUUUUGACUAAUGUCCAAUUGAAUAUCGAUGAUUCGGGGAUCCUGUCAUUGCGAUUUCAAUCGAUUUAUCGGCUGUUUAAUCGAACGUUUGUGAUUUUCAAGGUGAAAAUUUCACCUCUCGUCGUGGAAUUAGUGUCAGCGGGUGCGCGUUAUCGCGGAAUUUAUGUAUCAACCCCAACCCUUUGUCAGGAGGUGCUUCCCUUGUUUCGAUAGAUUAUCUCCUGGAUUCGAGAUUCAUGACAAUCUGAGAUUCCGUGACAAUUUGACAUCGACAUGACUUGAUCAUCUGUCAUGGAUCUGCGAGUGACUUCAAUCGUUUUGGCCAUAUUUGUGGUAAACGUCGUUCAUACAGGAAUAGCAUCAGUCGCUGUAGGAUCGAAACCCUUUCCCGGACUUGAAAAUUUACCCAAAUCCUUCUGGCAUGAGUUGAGUUCACCAUUCACAGAGGCUUACGAAGAGGAGAGUUCUGCCACUGAAAAUGGAGCGACUCCAGAGCCGAGGCCCUUUUUCGAGGAUCCCGAUGGCAACGUUACAGUUCAACUCGGUGCACAUGUGUAUCUUCACUGUAGAGUUGAAAAUCUGCAGAAACGAACGAUUUCGUGGGUACGAAGACGUGGAAGUGAACUGCAUUUACUGACCUUCGGUAUCCACACGUACUCCAGUGAUUCUCGAUUUUCCCUUGAUUACCAAUCACCAAAUGACUGGCGAUUGCUCCUGAGAUCGGCGACUGAAAGAGAUGCCGGUAUCUACGAGUGUCAAGUCAGUGUUCAUCCCCCGCUGACUAGGACUGUGCACUUGAUAGUGUCCGUACCUCGAGUCGAAAUAAUCGAUGAACACGGCACGAGUGCUUCCGACAAAUUUUACAAAGCGGGAAGUACAAUAGAACUGAAGUGCGUUGUGAGCAAAGUACCUCAUCCCAGUGGAUACGUCACGUGGAGACAUGGAAGCCGAAUGCUCAAUUAUGACACUAUCCGAGGUGGAAUUAGCGUGAAAACAGACAUGGGGGCUGAAGGUGCUACAUCGAGGCUUUAUAUCGCAAAUGCCAAUAAGAAAGAUAGCGGUAACUACAGCUGUGCACUGGCAGAUGUAGCCGCUACUAUUGUUUCCGUCCACGUACUAAAUGGAGAAAAUCCAGCGGCGAUGCAGCAUGGGGACAGCUCGAACCCCAACUCCACGGUUGUGGGAGUAAUUUUAUUAACACUAUUGACGUUUUUAAGAUGACCUUGAUGUGUCACUUGCCCGUCAAGGAUUGAUAUUGGUGCUAAGUCCAUGGAUGAGUAUGACCUUAAGAUUUCCCGACGGUGGACGAUGAAGACGCGCGCACAGGUCCACGUAUUUAUCCUAAAAUUGUGAUUCGUAAGUGUUCGGAAUAAUUGGAAAAAAUCGUUGGUAUAACUUAUUUGCGUAGUCCAUGUAUAGAUGCAAGUGAAAAUGAGUAUCUGCACAGAGACGAAAAAGAAAUUCUUUCUCGGGAAAAACACUUGCUAAUCUCAAUUUUAAUUUCGAUUAAAAAGUUCUCGAUGAGGAAAAUAAUUAUUUUUUCAAACGCAAUUUACCGAGGGAAGAAUUAAGUCUGGACUGAAUCAUGAAUUGGAAAUGUUUGUAUUGAACGAAUAGAGAAUUUAUUCAGAGGAAAAUUCUUCGUUUCUUUGCUGUCAAAUUUCUCUCGGUCUUGAAAGAUAUCGUCUCACUUCGAAAAACCAUCAUUUUGUUAUUCUAUAAUUUUUUCUUGAGCAACGGAACUCUGAUUUUUUGUCUGAAAGUUCACGAAUUCGUAAAAAAUGUACCCAAUAAUUUUUACUCAAGUCUUGACUUGGAAUAUCGUGCCGAGUUUCUCUCAGUGUGGAAAAAAAGUGAUACUCCCUUUGAAAGAACAAAUCUUUUCCCCUGUGUACGUAUAUAUUGUGUAUGCGGAAGGAUAAGCGUAAGACCCAUUAUUCACUGUACAUAGGAUCCAAUAAGUGACAUGCAGUAAUACCGCUAGAGUAGCUUAUCUCUAAGGAUGUAUGAUGUGCAAAACGAUAUCAAAUACCGAAUAUGCACUGGAUAGAUGCAUCUACCAGUUGAUAGAAAUGUCGAGGAUUUUUGGAAAUUUUCCAAUGCAAUCGUGGAAAAAGGCUUCAUGGAAUACA